CAUGCAGUCAUUCUCCGGCCCAUCUUUGAUCUCUCUCGAAUCUCCACGGCCGAUCCCCAGACACCCUCCGCGACAGCUAUCCUUUCGUGGUUUUUGAAGUCGCAAUCGAGUGCUCUGCUUAGAAACUGUGCGUCUGUGUGCUUACAACCGCUGCGGGCUCCUUUGUUGAUGCAAAGAAAAUGGUUACAACUCUCGGUGACAAUGCCAAGGGGGAGUUUUUGGAGACCGCCAUCAUAUUGCAAUUCGAGAUUGGUAGAGAAUUCGUGGACAACGUGCAGCCUGUGGCAUCGAUAGACUUCCACGCUUCGGGGGAACUAUGCAUUACGUCGUCUGGAGACGACUCGCUAAGGCUGUAUGACGCAGUCAAUGCCACGGCGAAAACGCAUCUCUACAGCAAAAAAUAUGGUUGCAACCUAGCACGCUUCACUCACAGCCGGUCCAGUAUCAUCUACUCGUCAACGAAAGUCGACCAUACCAUUCGAUACCACUCUCUGCAUGACAACAGAUAUUUGCGAUAUUUCGAAGGGCACGAGGCACUGGUGGUAGAUUUAGAAAUGAGUCCGAAUAACGACACGUUUCUGUCAUCGUCAAUCGAUGGGGAAGUUAGGCUUUGGGACUUGAGAACGCCAAAUUGCAUGGGUCUAGCAAAAUCGAUACAAAGCGGACGCACCUCGGUUGCAUUUGAUCAGUCGGCAAAGGUUUUUGCGACUGUGGUGGGGAAUAAGUUGAGAUUAUAUGAUGUGGCGCAAUAUGAUGUGGGUCCGUUUGGCACAUUCGAGAUUCCACUCGACUCAAGAAGCAUUGUAACUGGCGUAGAGUUUGCGAAUGAUGGAAAAGACAUCCUCGUUUCAACGUCGAGCGAUACACUGUAUCUCAUCAAUUCGUUUGCGAAAGCAAACGAAAACCCAGUGAAGUUCAAAUUAAAGGGGCAUUCAAACAAAAAGGGUGCACUUAUUCGAGGAACUUUAAGCCCAGACGCAAAGUUUGCCUCUUGUGGAUCCGAUGAUGGCACAGUACAUUUUUGGGAAACUGAAACGGGAAAACAUAUUGCUGCCCUCAAAGGAACGGAAAGGGCCGACGGGAUGAAAUGGAAUCCCAAGUAUAUGAUGUUCGCGACCGCGAGUGAACAAUUGGUAAGUCUACCCACGGCCAGCGGGUUUUUCCCAGCGACUAUCCCGAUUUCUGUCACCCGAGUUCUGCAUGAGCGUUUGCGGACUUUUGUGCAGACCUCCAAGUGGAGGAAGUCGAAUAUCAACUCCAUUCGGGGCUCGUCACUCGAGACGGCGGCGUGCUUCCGUGUUGCCUGUAUCAAUGUUCAAGUCGAUACAGGCGAUUUAGGAAGAACUUUUAUCCGAUGCCGCGGUUCUUGAUAUACGAUGCUGUACAUGUCAUUUGAUAGCACCGGAGCGCCGCGAGGAUCCCCAGCUCCCCAUCUCAUGUAUUCCUUGUUCUCCUCAUUUUCCCGCAUCAGGCUUUUUGGUGUCUCCCAGCGGACAGGAACGCAUGAGGCGUGCGAUCGAUAGAUUCGAUACUGCAUUGACG